CCCGAGUCCCCCCGUGCAGGGAGAGCCGGCGCUUCCCGGGGCCCGCCGGGAUCCUGCCCCAGCAGCACUCUGGGAAGCUGCUGGAGGAGAUCCUGGUUUCUGCUCCCCAGACUCCAGCUCACGGGGCUGUGGCAAAGCCACGGACACAGGCACUGCCCAGCUCCCCGCUGCCCACGGAGGAGGAUUUUGGGAAGGGACCCUGGCUGGCCAUGAAGACGGAGCUGGGUCUGGACGAGAGGGAUCCCGGCUGCUUCCUCCACACCUACAGCGUCGUCAUGGUGCUGCGGAAGGCAGCCCUGAAGCAGCUCCCCAAAAACAAGGUCCCCAGCAUGGCCGUGAUGAUCAAGGCCCUGACCAGGAGCAGCGCCGGCGCCGGCGCCGUGUUCCGGGAUCCGACGGGGGAGAUCCAGGGCACGGUGCACCGGCUGCUGCUGGAGGAGAGGCAGAGCGAGCUCCGGCCCGGCUCCGUGCUGCUCCUGAGGCAGGUGGGGGUCUUCUCCCCCUCCCACCGCAACCACUACCUCAAUGUCACCCCCAACAACCUGCUCAGGAUCUUCCCACCGGAGCCCGAGGGCGGCUGCUCCCAGCGCCAGGUGAGGAGGGGACAGUGCUGGUGGCUCUGGGGACAUGUGGGGACCCUCGGGAGGAAGGAUGGAUAA